GUCAAAAAUUCGAAUUUUCUAAAUUUGAAGUGAAAUUCCAUGUUACAGAAUCGACGUAAUGUGUUCAGCUUGAAGCAAGAAUACAGGCUUUUGUUAAGUAAUUAACAGCUCGUUAAAUUGUCACGCUUGUCACCGCGACUGACCGGCCGGCGGCGUAGCGUGUAACGCACCAUAACUAAACGUCUUAAUCCGCCGGAUGAUUAGUUACCAGCUACUCACUAAUCAUUGGGAGACAGAACUAAUGUUCAUGUUAUAUUUUUAAAUGGCAACAACGUUUUAGAACUCAGUUAAGAACGGCGCCGUCGUAUAGGGCGUUUUAUCUCCCUUUAGUUUGGCGAACACUUUGCAUUUUCUGCUACAGUUUUGCAUUUUCAGUAGGUUGUUUUGAAUAAAUAUUAAAUAUACCAUUCAUAGACUUUGGCACCCUUAAGGGGCACACCAACGAAAUGACACCUAGCCUGUCGCAAGUCUCCGAGUCCGCGCGACUUACGAGCGCCUAUAAACAUACUUUCCUCUAGUUUCAAAAAAUAUUAAGAAGUUUUGAUGUUAGCUCUAUAUCUACUGCAGAUUGACAUAGGUACAGUAGGUAGGUACCUAUUUGACGCAUUUUACGUGUUUCUGUAUUUCAUCACACUAGUAUAAAGGCGAAAGUUUGUGAGUGUGUAUGUUUGUUACUUCAUCACGUCUAAACGGCUGGAGCGAUUUUAAUAAAAUAUGGUAUGGAGUUAGCUGACACCCUGGAUUAACAAAUAGGCUACGUUUUACUACAGGAUAAUAUUCCUAAUAAACCGCGGGUAACACCGAUGGACACAGCUAGUUGGUUUAUCAUACACGCCUUUAACAAAAACAAAUUAAUUCUAAUACAAAUAAAGUAUGUAAGUUAUUAAAAGCAUAUCACCAUUAUCCAUGUUGAAUCGUUUGUUUUGUUUUACUAAAACUAGGUACUCACUUAUUUAUUAUUUAUUUAAAUAUUGCUAUAUCUCUAUGUUUUUUAAAAACAUACAAUAUACCUACAUUCUUAUAUACGCCCAUCGUACAGCACUUAUUGUAAUGCGAUACUUACCAAAAAUAAUAAUUUAUUCAAAGAAAUUAUAAAUACCUAUAUUCAUUUCCUACACAAAGUGCGUAGAAAGACACGCUGAAUAUUUUCUGCACAUUUUCGUAAGUUUAAUAAACUUUGUUUUCGUUUGGCAAACUUCCUUACCUACUUCAAUAGUUUGUAAUACAUAAAUAUACCUACCUACCUACUCGACUUUUAAACACAAAACACCUUUAAAUACUUUAAAGAGAUUUAUGUGUAUAAAAGACCAUUACACUAUCAACUUACCUUACAGGUUUUCCUAUAAUCUACAAGCAAAGAGCUACAUUCGAUAUUUAUUUCAAAUCAGGUCAGUUUCAUCUUUUUUUUAAUAAUUUUUAAACUAAGAAAUCAUUCUAUAUUUGUAAAAAAAGUUUACAACCUUUAUAUUGAGUGAACCUUUUUUUGAUAUAGACCUAACAAGGUACAGUUAGCUAAAUUUUAAUAAGACCAACAGAUACUAUAAGUUCUUUUUGUUUGCAUGAUUUAACAUAAGAAGGAGAAAGAAAGCCUCUCUGAGUUUCUUUCGCCGGUUCUUCUCAGCAGAAAGGUCUCUCAAUUUUGGAACCGGUGGUAGAUUACGGUAGUUAGGGUCGAAUAAAUUAACUCAAAAUCAUAAAAAAGAAUUAAAUAAAGUACUUUAUUAAUUAAAUUAGUUAAUAUUCAUAGACAAUAAAGUUUUUAUGACGCAUUCCUGCAAAGGAUGUGAAACGUCAAUAAAUAAGUAAAAUCAGUGCAUCUAACCCUUAAACCUAAAACUUGUUUUAUUUAAAUUGUCUAAUUUCCCCAGCCGCAAACUGGGUUACUUAUACUUACCAUAUUCAGAAUUUAUAUAUUAUUAUUACUUUAUACGUCCGUGUUUAGGUCACAGACAUUAAACUAAAAUGGUUCAGUACAUUCCGAGAAAAUCGACUGUGACAGACAGACAACAGAGUGAUCCUAUAAGGGUUCCGUUUUUGCCGAUUGAAGUACGGAGCCCUAGAAAGGCAGAGUCUGGGCGGAAAGAGAAUGGGCGUGGCGAAAAACGGAACUAACAUUAAGAUUUUUAUUUGGCAAUCAAAUCCAGCAAUCUGUAAAACGUCAAAGUUUUGUAUUGAUACGGAUAUGUUUGUUGUUGUGAUUUCUUACGGAUUUUUGUAUUUAAUCAUGUCUUAAAGGGGUAAAACCUUAGAAAUACGGUAGAAAAGCACUACAGCGUCCUCCAAUCUAAAUCCCAUUCUCUUUCCGCACAGACUCUACAACACGACGAAUAUAGAUCCACCUCCUGCUUUUGUUUGAAAUCGGUAAAAAAUACUCUAUGCUACCUGAUAUUAAGCCUAGAUAAAUAGAUAUGAAAACGAGUUGAAGUGUUCAGCCGUUCAGCAGGUUCAGCUGCUCAUUGUUAUUAUUACCGUGGCUGCAGCGUAUUCGCGACUGGGUGUCCCCGGUGUCCCCCGAGAUUCCGCCGCACUCGAGUGGCGUAGGUACGAGUAUGAUUCGCUUUCCGACCGUUUGUAUGAAGAUAGAAUACUGUAUAUAUUAUUACCGUGUCAUUGUGAUCUGUAAUAUCGGCUCGUAUCUGGAUUGGUAAAGUACCUAUCUAUUUAGGUAAAACAAUAUUGCAACAUGUUGUUGUUUUUCUCAAUAACUUUAUGAUAUUGCCAUCCCAAGUUAUGACAUAGUAACUUAGUGUGCGUAAAUAGGAUUCCGUAUUAGCGUAAAAGCAUAGAAAAGCUUUUUUAAAGCUUCAUUCUUAUUUGUAUCAUUUAGGCGUAUCGUAUCUCCAUCGCGUGGCAUCGGUGUGUAUCAUGAUCGCUAGUAUGGACGCAAGAUGAUACCCGGUUAUGAUACAUGCCGUAUCCGAUACGGCCCAAACCGCUCUGAUCGCGUAUCUUGAUACACCACGUAUCUGAUACGCAUAUCACGAUCGGUAGUAUAGACAAACGUAUUUUGAUACUGUAUCACGAAACUGUAUCGCGAUACGAUACGUGAUACACCGCGAACUGUGUCGGUUUUUCGCCGUAAUCAUCAAAGGGGGGAUACACGUUGUUUUGAACAAGUUCAAAAGGAUUCACGUCCAGUGAAUCCUUUUGAAUGCAUUUAAAUCGCGUAGGUUGACAUCGCUGAACCGUUUGCGAACAAAAACACGACUGAACUGUACGAGAGGGAAUUCCGAUCCUUGUAUCUUUUCCAGACGUAUCAAGAAAAGAUACGAGGAUCGGAAGAAAAGUUGUAGCGUCCAUAUCUGUUCAGUUAGAACCGUUACAUUGACACGAUUCAUCAUUGAAUAAGUAUGGACGCGUUUUUACAAGAUACGGCUAAUUAAUACGACAUAGUCCAAACGCGCGUCCAUAUAUAUGAUACAAAUACUCGAUACGAUACGCCUGAUCGUGAUACGUCAAGAUGAUACAAAUGUGGACGAAGCUUAAUAUACCUACGUGAAAAUGUUACGUUGUACGUGAAAAUAAAUAAAUACCUAAAUCGAACGUGUAAAUAAAAAAAUGUUGCAUUAUUGUGGUUAUCUAAUACGUAAAACUAGGGUAGGUAUAAUGUAACUCAAUAUGAAAAACAUUUUAUGAUUUAAUUAAGGCCUGGCUAGCCUACCAAAGAUUCGUGUACCUAGUAUUACAAUGACAAAGUCCCUUCGGAAAUGAACCAACCCAAUAUUAUAUGAUCAAACUUGCUAUUGGCGCUUUUUUGGGAUACCGCGUCCAAACUGGCGACAACGAGCCUUUAAAAUUUUCAUCCAUAUGUAGGUCCGUAGCUGUUACUUAUCAACCGUAACAGUACUUACAUAAAAUACAUAAAAUUUGAAAAUGAAAGAAUAAAUAAUAACAGUUGAAAUUAUCGCAAGACUGUAACCUUUUUCUUCUGCCACAACAACAAUAACAAUAAUACUUUUGAUUGGCAUCUCUCACAAGAAUUAAUCGUUGUUUAAAAUAUGGUAGGUAAAUCUUCUAGAGUCUGUGUGGAAAGAGAAUGGGCGUGGCGAAAAACGGAACUAACACUAAGAUUUUUAUUUGGCAAUCAAACCCAGCAAUCUGUAAAACGUCUAAGUUUUGUAUUUUUACGGAAUUGUUUGUUGUUGUGAUUUCUUGCGGUUUUUUGUAUUCAAUCAUGUCUAAAAAGGGUAAAACCUUACAAAUACGGUAGAAAAGCACUACAGCGCCCUCCAAUAUAAAUCCCAUUCUCUUUCCGCACAUACUCUAGAACCCUUCGUGUGCGUAUAACUCGCACUUGGCCGCUUUUUUAUCGUCAACGAACAGUCGCCCAAAUGUGCUGAUAGUAUUUAUUGUUAUCAGCAACAUUUGAAGCCCGCAAACGGCGGCCGAAGCUCGCGUGUGCGCAUUGAAUUAUAAAAAUACUUAGUUCACAGUUCGAAUCAUGAGAGAAAAGGAGAAAAUCGAAAUGAAACAUAACGAGGUUCGUUUUGUGUUGUAUUUUGUAAUUGAAAUUCCAUUCUGAGUUACGUCACAAUUCUAAUGUUAGUACAAGUGUUGAGUGCUUUUAACGUUAGUGCGAUUUCUUCUAAUUAAUCGGCGCAUCUGAAUAAGAGUGGCUAGUUUCCAAAAAAAACUAGUGACAUUCAGAGGACGUGCGUAUGAUUCGCUAAUUAUACGAUGUGAAAAUGAAAAUUCUAGUUAACGUGGUAGUGGGACUUGUGUCUUGUGUUUAAUUUCUAAAACACCAAAAGUGACUUAGCUCAUUAAAGCAAAUAGCGAUGUCUUUUAAUAAAAAAUCCCAAAUAAAACAAUAAGCAAAUAAACCAAAACUAUCUGUACCAAUCUUACCACAAGAAGUCAGUCGAAGUUUACUAAGAAAAUUUCGUACAAAAUCCGUAAACAUACUUAAUUUUAACCGUGUCAUAUUUUUGUGCCUACUUUUAGCCAAUAUUGUUUAAUAUUAUAUGCUAAAAGUCAUUCGUAAAUAUCUUGUGCUUAAUAAACAUAAUAAGGCUCAUUGUCGAAUCAUAAUUACACUGGAAAUCUGCAUUGUAAGUAAAAAAAUAUAUGCAUGAUUGAGCAGAGAAAAUGGUUUAUGUAAUUAAUUACAUUACACUAUUACUAUUAAAUAAAUCAUAUUUCUCUUUAAUAAAAAAUGGGUUUAUUUUAGUUAAUAUAUUUUUCGUCGUAUUGUUGGCAUUAUUAUUGUAUAUUUUUUUUAAUAUCGUUAUCUCUUGACCUCUGAACCUUUUCGAGGUGUAUUUUCCUAUUUACGAUACCAUUUAACUCUGCUAUUGGUUAAUUCAUUUCAUAGCAGGGAAUAUUUACUAAUUGUUUAGUCACAUUGUUAUUUUAAUUUAGCUUUUAAUGGGAAAGAAAAGACAAAGUUUAGUAGACAAUUGGCUCCUCUAAUCUGUUCUCCUUUCACGCAUGUUUUGAUGAAUUUCGCUAAGGAGAUUAAAGGUACAUUCCAGUAGUUGUUACAUAAGUAACCUCUUUUCACAAAACAAACUUGAAGGAGUUGAAUAAAUUGUGGAUGAAAGCCUGCAUGGCUGCAUGAGAAACCUAUUAGCCUACGCAGACGUGUCGCAGUCAUGGGUGCUUAGUACCUAGUUACCGUCCUUAAUUAAUAAUAACAAUGAAUUAAUUAACAAUAACAUUCAAAGUUCUAAUUUAACAGACGAAACAAAGUUACGGUAAUUUACUACGCACAUGACGAUAAUAGAGUCCAAUAUGUAUUUAUAGAAUCGCAAAAAAGAGAAGUCGUCGCGUUCCUGCAAAAUAAAACAAAACGAACUUGAAGGGGUUGAAAAAAUUGUGGAUGAAAGCCUGUAUGAGAAACCUAUUAACCUAUUCAGACGAAGUCAUGGGUGCUCGUUAGUUACUUAAUUAAUAAAAUAAAUAAUAACAAUGAAUUCAUUAACAUUAACAUUCAAAGUUCUAAUUUAACAGACGAAACAUAAAGUUACGGUAAUUUACUAGGCACAUGAUGAUAGAGUCCGAUGUGUAUUUAUAGAAUCGCAAAAAGAGAACUCGGCGCGUUCCUGCAAAAUAAAACAAGACGUCUACUAUAUCAGUUACAUAGAGAGGUCGAUAAGAUGUAAGAUUAUCAAGAUCAAACUCGAUGGUGCAUUCGAUACAAUGCGAAUCAAACUCAAAUACCAAGUGGUACUUACCAAGUAGUCCACAAUAGACUUGCGCAAUAUUUUGUUUUUGUUUUGAUGACGUCCGUGGCCGAGUGGUUUGUACGCCAGGUUUCAUGGUGUCGCCGACUCGAGAAGUCCCGGGUUCGAAUCCGGUGGGGGCAGAUGUUUGUGUGAUGAAUACGAGCAUUUGUACUCCAGUCGUGGAUGUUUAAUAUAUAUUUCUAUAUAAGUAUACUUAUUUUAGUACAGUAUAUGUAUUCUUUCCGUUAUUCUAGCAUCCCAUAACACAAGCCUUACAGUGCUUACUUUGGGGCUAGGGUAAUUGGUGUGUGUUGGAAUAAAAAAAUAAAAAAUCAAAUACCGUGCUUUAUGUUCGUACUACAUUUAAUUACAGGCCGUAAAGGAGGUACUCACAUAAAUUAUAAUGUAGGUAUAUUAGUACAAGUUAUAAGAGAUUAUUUUCCUGUCUUGAGAAAUCAAUGAAAAUACGUCUUUUUUCAUGCGUUAGUUUAUAUAUUGCUUCUUGACUUAAAUUACCUAGGUAAUCAAGCAAGACUGGGCAAAUAAAACGAAUCUCCUGAAGCCUCGAUAACACGGGGCGAGUUUACAAGUUACAAGCCAGUGAGUUCGCUAGUAGCAGUGUUGCCACCUUGGUGGUUUUUCCACCAGAACUGGUGCUUUUUCACGGCUUCUAGUGGUAUAUUUUCAUUAUCUAGCGGGUUAAUUUUUUUUAGUGUUUUUUUUAACAUGAAAUCUAGCAACAUAUUUUUAAGGGGGAAAUGCUCUAACUUUCCGAAAUUUCAUAAUGUUCUAUGUGGUUACUCAGUUAUUUCUGUAGCAUCUCAUACAUAUUCACUGGUUUUUUAUUGAAAUUAGGGUUUUUUGUUAUCAGAGAUGUAAUUGUAAUUUAGCGGAUUUUGGUGUAUUUUAUUAAAUCCAAAUUUUUGAAAGCUGGCGAUUAUUUACCUUUUACUUGGCGCCUUAAAAAAAUCCAAGGUGGCAACACUGGCUAGUAGCUUGUAAACUCGCCUCGUAUCAUCGAGUAGCAAAUGGUAAAAAAGUCGAUGACACGAUGUCAUGUCAUAGUUUCAUAUCAUAGCUUUAAGAAGGGUUACUCUGUUGUUAAAGAUUUCUUAAAUGAUACGGCACCUUCGGCCUAAAAGAUUGACUAAGUUAUUUUACUUUGCUAAUUUUGUUGAAAAUUGUUUAAUCGGCAUUUCUUUUAAAACUAGUAUCUAGUUACUUUACUUAAUGUUAAUUAAUCAUAUUAAUAUGAUGAAAGUUGACAUAAAUUUAUGUUUUCAGUUUCUGAUGUCAUCUUUCAGUUGGGGGUUGUCCAUUAAUCACGUGAGGCUCGAAGGGGGGGGGGGGGGGUCCGUAAAAAACACGAAAUAUCACAAGGGGGGAUGGUGGGUGUAGUAAUAUAUCACGUGUAUUUACGUAGACCGAGGAUACUGUACAUUAAAUAAUGUUCAUGUAUUAGUACAAAAAGUUUUUCAGUUUCUUUCAUUAUAUUGAUGUCAGUCAAAAACAACCUUUCUGUCUACCUCUAAAAGAUUAAAAAAAUAAGAUUCUUUGUAGGUACUAAAAAUACACGUGAUAUGGGGUGGGGGGUGGCGGGCUAGACUUCAACCUCACCAUGUAUCACCAAGGGGGAGGGGGGGUUAAAAAAUGCCAAAAAAAACAUCACGUGAUUAAUGGACGGCCCCUUGACGAUACUGUAUGAAACAAAACAGGGAGAAAAAAAUAGCCCUUACUGAGUGUCUUGUCGGUUCUUCUCAGUACAAGUUCUCCCGCCGCGCCGUAAAUUUCUAACCAAUGGCGUAGCGUUUGAUAUUCACAAGAGCUUGUAACAGACUAGACUGAAUAAAUGAUUUUGAAUUUGAAAAUGCUUAAUAAAAAUAAAUAAAUAAAUAAAUAAAUAUUUCCAACACUCACACCAAUUAGCCUAGCCCCAAAGUAAGCACUGUAAAGGCUUGUGUUAUGGGAUACUAGGGUAACGGAUAGAAUACAUAUAUUGUACAUAUAUAAGUAUAUUUAUAUGAAAUACAUAUUAAACAUCCAUGACUAGAGUACAAAUGCUCGUAUUCAUCACACAAACAUCUGCCCCCACCGGGAUUCGAACCCGGGACCUCUCGAGUCGGCGACGCCAUGAAACCCGGCGUAUAAACCACUCGGCCACGGAGGUCGUCUAUUAAUGUAUAAUGAAACAUUAUGCUUGAGGUUUUUUUAGAGUUUUGACAUAAUCUGAUUUGUUUACUUUGAUAAAUUGUCUUUUUAAUUUCGCUUCUCAUCUAGCACGUAUAUAUUUGAUUGAAAGCGGAAUAAAAAUACAAUUAAGGUAGGUAGGUAUUAAGAAAGAAAGAUUUGCCUUUUCAAUCAAUACACAUUACGACUUAGAUUAAUGAUUGCAGCCGGUCUCCCUUCGGUCGGCAGGGAGAACAUCGUCUUUGCAUUUUAUAAGUAUCUUUAAUUUCAACUAUUUUACUGUGUUAAUUUUUAGUUAUUAUACAUAAUACAACUCUUAACAGGGUUAGCCCCUUAGCUUAGUUAGCUUUGGGCAAUAUUGAAAAAUAUUGUUGAUCAUUUUUGUUAUGGAUUUUUGUCAAGAAGAUUAUAAAAAGGCUAAUGCUGUAAAAAAAUUAAGACGGUAGUAGUGGCCAGCUUACUGCCAUCUGCAUACAUUGUUUGUAUAUGUAAUUUGAAAACUUGCAUGUAACCAAAUUAAAUUAGCAGCUUUUAACUGAUAACUUUUGUUUCUCUAUCAUUACCAGGAGACCAAAAAUGAGAAGAGGCAUUCGGAAGGCGACCGCGACGGCGGCGAUGUGCUGUCCUCGGUGCUGGAGCACGUGGGCGAGAUGGGCCGGUACCAGAAGCUACUAUUCCUGGCGAUGAUGCCGUUCGGCUUCUUCUUCGCGUUUGUCUACUUCGUCCAGAUGUUCAUAGCGGCCACACCGCAGCAGCACUGGUGCAGGGUGCCGGAGAUGGAACACUUGGAUGUCGAUAUAAGGCGGAAUCUGACAGCGGUCCACGUGGACGGUGUAUGGGACCGCUGCCUCACGUACAGAGCCAACUGGAGCGAGGUCCUGGAAACCAUGACAGCCCCCCACCCCAGCACGCCCACACAGCGCUGCGAGAAUGGCUGGGAGUUCCAGCUGGGGGACAUCCCCUACCACACAGUCAUAAGUGAGCGCGGAUGGGUGUGCGAAUACGCAGGCUUCGGGCCGCUGGCGCAGGCUGUGUUCUUCGCGGGCUCGUUCGUGGGCGGCAUCUUCUUCGGCUGGCUGGCAGACACCUUCGGCAGGGUGCCCGCUUUGGUUGGUACAAAUAUGAUGGGGUGCAUUGGCGGCGUGGCCAGCAUAUUCACAACUGGGCUGUGGGACUUUGCCUUCUGUCGUUUCCUCGUCGGAAUGGCGUACGACAGCUGCUUCAUGAUGAUGUAUAUUUUGGUCCUGGAAUACGUGGGUCCUCGGCAUCGCACUUGGGUGGCUAACAUGUCGAUAGCGCUGUUCUUCGGAGGCGGCUGUCUGGUGCUGCCAUGGCUGGCGGUGUGGAUCGCCGACUGGCGGACGCUGCUGCUCGCCACAAGUUUGCCCAUGCUCGCAGUACUCGCCGCGCCGCUCGUGGUCCCUGAGAGUGCUAGAUGGCUGUCGUCGAGAGGGCGGGUGAAUCAAGCAGUGAAGGUUUUGAAAAGAUUCGAGCGAGUGAACGGCACCAAGAUACCUCAGGACGUCAUGGACGAAUUUAUCGUGGCGUCCCGCCAGACGCGUCAAGAGAACGAGUCUAUAACAGCGUUGUUCCGGAGCGGGCCGCUGCGGCGCAUGAUGCUGUGCAUGGUGGUGGUGUACAUGGGGUGCGCCCUCAUCUUCGACGGGCUCGUGCGCAUGUCCGAGGGGCUCGGGCUCGACUUCUUCAUCACCUUCACGCUCGCCUCUGCUACGGAGAUCCCGUCUGUGACCCUGUUGGCACUCAUACUGGACAGAUAUGGUAGACGAAUGCUAACUGUCGGGCCGCUGAGUAUAGCAGGCGCACUCACCCUUAUAGCGUCAGCUGUUCCCAAAGUUAGCAAAGCUGCCUCAUCCCUGAGAGAAAACAGUAAGCAACAUCGCCUAACAUCUGUCUCCAGGAAUCCCCCAAGUGUCGUUAGCAAUUAUGGCACGCUUCUGCGUGAAUAUGGCGUACAACGCGGCCAUCCAGUGGUCCACGGAGUUGCUGCCGACGAGAGUCCGGGCGUCCGGCUCCUCGCUCAUACACGUCAGCGGGUACGUCGCCACCGUCGUGUCACCGUUCAUUGUUUACUCGGAGCGGGCGUGGGCUCCACUGCCACUGAUACUGCUGGGUUCCUUAGGGGUGGGCGCGGCCGCGUGUGGCAUAAUGUUACCCGAGACGCGCGGGCAGCACAUGCCGCAGACCAUCGCCGACGGGGAGCGGCUAGUGCGUCAGCACUCGCUGUGCGGCAAACCUGAAGUAGACGAUGAAGAUACUGAAGAAUUGAAGAUAAACAAACAAGGUGCUCUCAUCACGUAAUCAAAUUUAAGGGUUCUUAUGGAACUUAAUGUGUUCGGCAGUGCGAUGUAAACUUAAGUUUUCUUUAAGAACGUUAAUGCCCAUGGUAGCCCCAUCCUUUUCAAACAUACCAUGUUAGAAUAGGAGAGGAAUAUUGUGGUCUUGCGUUUUCACGAAAACGAAUGAUUGUUUACAUUCAGUAGGCAAGUUUAACAGCUCAGUAUAAUCCUGGAGAAUACUUCACCAGGAUGUAAGUAGUUUAAUUCUUAAGAUAUUCCGGAGUUCAUUCCAGCUCAGUAGAAUUUCUCUAUGUCAAUAUUUUACUAAUGCGUACACUUAAGGUCAAUUAUGGUCGCAUUCAAUUCAUCUUCUAAAUAAGUUUAAGGAAUGCUUUUACUUUCUUUGAAAUAAUAAUAAAUGAAGAUCACGCGUAGACUAAGGCCCUUUUCACAUGCACACGGUCACGGCACGGCCGCCAUGCCGUGCAACCGUGCUAGCUCUUUCACAUGUAUACGGCUUACACACGGUCGCCGGCUAUGGAUGUUGCAGUAUUAUUGAGAAUUUUGGGGAACGACGACGUCUAUUAUCAUGGAACAAAAAAAGAUUCUUUUCAUUAUCAUCUAAUUCUUCGAAACUACUAUUUAAUCCUAUACAUACUUCUUUCCACGGUUCUUUUGUCUCGUUCCUGUUUUUAUAAGACGCGAUGGUUUUAUCCCAUAAAGUAGGACGCGCUUCAACUAGCGAAAUCAACACAUCAACAUCGAUUUCGACAGACAUUCUGUAACAAUCGUCUGUCCGUUCCCCUAUGACUUUAGCUGACGAAUGGUAUUUGCGCUCGCCGUGCCGUACCGCGCCCGUGUUCGUGUGAACGCGUCUAUACAAGUUUAUACAAGACUAUAAAGACGGUUGCCGCGUCAAAACCGUGCUUAUAGUGAAUAAGGACGGCUAACACGCGGUCACGGCACGGUCGCCGUGCAAUGUGAAAGCUCUCAUUGUUGCUCAUACAUUACUAUUUUACACGGCACGGCAACCGUGCCGUGUCCGUGUACAUGUGAAAAGGCACUAAUGCAUUACUUUUAAUGGACGCAGCUGAGUGCGGCCGUUUUGUAAAUGAUAUAAAAGAAAAUAAAUAAAAAACGUUUGUAUUGUUGUAAUUUUAAAAAUUAACACGGUGCUAAUAAUAACAUAUCGCCUGAAUUUAAACUGAGGUAAAUAAUGUUUAUUUAAUGAUGAUUUUCUUGCAAUAAGUAAAUACAUAAGUAGAAAAUGGAAAACUAAAAGAAGAUAUACAGGCCGUCCCACGGCCAUGCCACACGGAGGGAAAGUAUAUUAAAUUGAAAUUGAAGAAAGGAUAUUUUACAGAAAGAAGCCAUCAUUUUAUUUUUAAUAAUAAGCAGAACUGUAUUCACAGUUUUUCUUAAAACCGCCUGCUACAACCCGUGAACUCGUGAAAUGUAAAAAAAAACAUAUGUAUUCUGUGAUAACGGUCGUAAGGGAUUCUCCGAUCGAUCUCAUAAGGAUUUUUUUUCUAAAUGACAUAGCAUUUCAAAUGAAAAGGAAACAUGAAAUAUUUACAUUUUGUUAAAAAUAAUUGAACACAAACAGCCAAAAUGAUGCAAGAAAUAAAAUUUUAAUUAAAAUCAAGUGUCCAAAAUGUGAUUCAUUCUGUAGCUAGCUAGCACUUAUAAAAACUCUCACUGUGCAUCAUUUUAUUUUUAGAUAUUAUUUUUUAGAUAAAUUUUGUCUUCUUGCAGUAAAAUAUCCUAGCUUCGAUAUUUAAUACAGUUUCCCUCCUUGUGUCAUGGUAUGGAUGCCCUGUAUAAUUGUAAGUACUUAUAUAUUUUUAAUAGGUAUUGCUUACAUCAAAAUAAGCGAUAUAUUUAAUAUAGUGUUUUCAUUGAUAAAUCUCUUUUUAUUUUCAAGGGCUUUACUAGCUUUUUAAAGUUUUCCCAGCCUCAUACAUAAAAAGUAGUAAGUGCUAUUUUCAUAAUAGUAUUAAUACCUACUUGAGUAGAUUUCAUGUCACUAUUACUAGGUUAUUUGUCUUUAAAUAAUGAAGUUUUACGUAUAUUUCAUGAACAGACUUCAAAUUGAAUCUGCAUAGGUAUUCUGUAAGAUGCAAUCUCAUUUAUUCAGAUUUCUGACAAAUGUCAAAUAUCUAAUAGUGGCUGCUUUCACAGCUACAGACAUAGCGACAUUUUGCCGUGUAAUGGGUAAUCGUAAUGCAUAUCAAACUUAUGUCUAAAAUGGCAGCUACCGAAAUCUGAAGUGAGAUUUUAUUUUGCAGAAUCGGCCUGCUGCUCAUGAAAUAUAGUGAUAUUAGCGUAAAGGUGCGUUCAGACUACGCUAUACUAUUGUAGCAUAUUGCUUAUAGCUCAAAACACGACAAUACCGCGCACAAUAUAUUUAACAUGUUCACACCACGCUAUACUAUAUUGUAUGGGCUUGCUAAACGCACUAUACUAUAAAUCGCAAUAGCAUAGCGUAGUCUGAAAUUUCUUGGCAUUAUGUCAAAUGAUUCUAUAAAAUUUAAUAGUACUAACAAGACUAAAUUUAAAUGCAGUCCGGCAUAUUAAAAUCGUCAGUGAAAAAGUAAAAUCGCCUAAACGCCACUUUAGUAACUUUACAGAAACAAGGAUCAAAGUUAUUUCACAAAAAUAAACAUUGCUCUUUGUAAAGGAGAGUAGAGCAGCACCAUACAAAUAAAACCGUAUUCAUAAAAUACUAUUUUCUAAAUAUCCCCCUAUUAAAAAGUUACAUAGUGCCCUUACUUUACGAACUAGAUGUCGCUUAAGCGAAGAACACUCGGCCCGCCAUACCUUUUUUUUUAAGCAUACAUCAAAUCAUACGCCAAAUAGUAGGACGUAAGCACCAUUGGUUCAAAAAACACCAAAAUUUAUGUUGCUUCAGCGUUUUGAACAAUAAAAUCUUUUAAAAAAUGUGACUUAAGCGCCAAAAAAGUACUAAGAUCUUCACAAAACAUAAACAGAUCGACGCAGAAAAAAAACUGGUUACAAAGUGAUUAAUAAUAUUAUAUCUCUUAUCUAUUAGACAAGUCCGUCUGUCUGUGGUGCUGUUUCAGCGGCCUAACCGUAAGAGAUAGAUAAAGAGAAUAUUUAAGUUAUAAGUUAAGAAUAGUCUGAUAAGACUACAAACCGGAUGUGAGUAACGUAGCACUUCCGGUUUUCGAGAAAUCAGGUUUUGGUGAACAUUUGGUUCACUGGUUUGCUAGUAUAUAUAUAACUCAUUUUCGACCAAAGUGGCGUAUAAGCGAUUUUGUCUUUCCAGUGUCUAAAUAUUACUUACUAGAAAUAGACUUUAAGAUAUCUUUUACUUAUAAAUCCUGCAGUGCUUUACUGUAACUGUAACUGUAUAAAUUUCAAAUCACACCGACGAAUUUCGCGGUGAAAAGUGAGUUUGUUGUUACUGAACAGCACUGCUGGUACAAGGGCCUUGUUGAAAUAUUCUAGUAAAACUUAUUCUUGAACAGAGAAACAUAAUGUUAUAAUGGUAGUUUAUUUUUUACUCUUUAAAUAAUAAAACUAUUUUGAUAUUUUUUUGUAAGUACUUGCUGUGAUUUAAUGAAUACUUAAAAAAUAACGUUAUGACUAAUAAUAAGGAACGAAUUAAUUUUAUAAGUUCAGCUUGUUCAAUAUACCUACCUAUCAGUAAAAUAUAUAAUAUACAUAUUUUGUUCAAUUUAUUGUGUUUUAGGUUUAUAAAACUUAUUUCAGGCACCAGUCCUUCACAAACUUAGAUUCACUAUAUAAAUAUAAAGCCUAAUGUAAUAUUAUGUAACAGAUUGUGAAGUGAACAAUAAAUACUUAAUUAUUUCAAGUGCUUACGGCUUAGCGUCAUAGCACACAGCAACUCGGAAAGAGAUUGUUACCGGCUCGUCUUUGGGCUUGCCGUCAAACAGUUCGUUCGGAUUGGCUACGGCUAGACGACGCUGCCACCGCAGCGCUUACGGCGUGCUGACCGCUGGUUGACGGCGACGGCUUCACAAGGCUAGUACAGGUCGCGGCAUGUAAUCUAGCGCUGAAAAAAACGCGGAAGGGUUUUUUUUAUGUUAUAGGUGGCAUACGAGCAGAUGGCUCACCUGAUGGUAAGUGAUCACCGUCGCCCAUGGAUACUUGCAACACCAGGAGUAUCACAAAUGCGAUGCCGGCCUUUAAGGCCUUUAAGUUAACUGCACAUGGGUACGACUGGAGAGCCAAUCGGCACAACGCAUGCCCACCCGUGCACCUCGAUUCCCCCCCAAGACAUCUUAAUUUUUACUUCUGCGCAAUAACGGUCAGCGCUAGAGUUUCGUGCCGCGACUUAUAACCACAUGGACAGCACGGAAACGCAGGCGGAGGGCGGGGCGUUAACGAAGAGACGUAAACUAGGGUAUGGAGCUACGGAGAGACGUAAGCUAGGCUACGGAGAGACGUAAGCUAGACUACGGAGACACGUAAGCUAGGCUACGGAGACACGUAAGCUAGACUACGAAGAGACAUAAGCUAGGCUACGGAGAGACGUAAGCUAGGCUACGAAGAGACGUUAGCUAGGCUACGGAAGGGCGUAAGCUAGGUUACGUACAGUGGACCACGCACGUUCGGGAGUUGAUUUCGAUUCAAAUUAGUGUGCACGGCAGUGUGGUGUAAGAAUACUGAACGGCUGGCUUUGAUACGGUGACGAUCCCUUUCCGAGUUGAUAUGUCUGCUACGACCAUAAGAGCAAGGGCACAUGGAGCCACGAAACAUGACCACUAGACGUAGCUACCAAUCGAAGUCGCAAUUGGCGUAGUGGCAGACGCCACUCACGGCCACUAGUGGCUUCAAUUGGUGGCUAAGUCUAGUGGCAUGACUGAGCCACUAGUAGUCGCGUUUAGUGGUCGCGAUUUUUGGCUCAAUGAGCGCUUUCUCUUGGUAUAAAUAUUACAACGAAAAUUUGUCGAUGCUACUCAGAUUGUCACGAAGCAAUUUAACUGUAAAAUUGAACUAAAAAUAAGGUAAUAGUAU